AUGGGGAAACUCAUUCGUCUUGAGCUGUAUAAUUUCAAAUCCUACAAGGGACAUCAUACUCUGCUCUUCGGAGAUGCCUACUUUACCUCUAUCAUCGGGCCCAAUGGAUCAGGAAAAUCCAACUCCAUGGACGCUAUCUCUUUCGUUCUCGGUAUAAAAUCAUCUCACCUGCGAUCGACUCACUUACGAGAACUUGUGUACCGUGGACGAGUUCUGCGCAAAUCAACCGUGAACGGGGAGACCAAUGGAGUGAAUGGUAAUGAAGACUCAAGUCAAGUCAAUGGAUCACAAGAGCGACAUGACCCAAAGUCUGCAUGGGUUAUGGCAGUUUAUGAGGAUGACGCCGGAAUUGAACAAAAGUUCAAACGCACUAUUACAAAUCAAGGUGUUUCUGAGUAUCGAAUCAAUGAGCGUGUCGUGACUUCUCAGCACUACAACGAGAAGCUAGAGGAGGAGAACAUUCUCAUUAAGGCACGCAAUUUUCUGGUAUUCCAAGGCGACGUGGAGGCUAUAGCAAUACAGAAGCCUCAAGACUUAACACGUUUAAUCGAGCAAGUCUCAGGAAGUCUCGAGUACAAAGCGGAGUACGACAAGUUGAAAGCUGAGUUGGAUGAAGCGGCCGAGAAGCAAGCCUUUCAACUUAAUCGAAGACGAGGGAUCAACUCGGAGAUUCGACAGUACCAAGAACAGAAGCGCGAAGCCGACAAUUUCCAGAAAAAAGCUGAUGAGAGAGAUCAAGCUAUUAUAACUCAUGUUUUGUGGAAACUCUAUCACCUUCAGCGCCAGAUUGAAGAGUGUAGUGCAGACAUUCAGCGACAUCAGAAUGAGAUUAGAGAACAUAAGCGAGGUCUUGAAAAAUACGAACAUAGUCUCGAAGCUGCAAAAAAAGACCAUGCCCAGGCCGCAAGAGCUGUCGGCAAGGCAGAAAAGGCCAUCAAAGUCAAGGAAAAGGAAAUCGAGGACAAUGUAUCUUCUCUGGUUCCAAUUGAUGAACAAAUCUUGGUGUCAACCCAGCAGCUGACAAAAUAUGCCAAUCGAGUCAACACGAUUGUCAAAGAGCGCAAUACGCAAACAGCCACAGUGAGUCAGCUCGAGAAAGACCUUAGUAUUGUGGAGAAGGCACAAAUCCAGUGGCAGAAAGACUCGGAUCAGAAUGCGAAUCGAAUGGGUGGUCAGCUCAGUGCCGCAGAUCUCCAGGAAUACACUCGCCUGCGCGAAGAACUCAACAAGCGUGCUCUAGGUGAUAUAACUCGCGUGGACAGACUCAAGAACGAACGAGCGCCCGUCGAAGCCACAUAUAACAACCUGAAGAACAGUGUUGAAAGCACAGAGUAUCGCCUGAAGUCUCUGGAAAAUGACUACAGUGCAAUAACCGAGCGGAGAGACGCCAUCAAAGAGGUCGUACAGCAAAUCCAGGCUGAAAUUGAUGCAAAGAAGACGGAAUUGAAUGCGGCCACAUCCAAGAGGUUGCAAGCCACGCGUCAGCGAACCGAACUUGAUGAAAAGCUUGCAGAUGUAGCACGAAGGCUACUUGAGGCAGACGAUGGCCGUCGAACAAGCGAGAAGGAGCGUCGGAUGAAAGAAACCAUCGCCAUGCUCAAGCGUACUUAUCCUGGUGUCAAGGGCAGAGUGCACGAAUUAUGCAAACCAAAGCAAAAGAAGUACCAAGAGGCCGUCAGCACAGUUCUAGGCCGCCACUUCGAUGCUGUUGUGGUUGAUACCGAAGCAACGGCAAAACAAUGCAUCGAGUAUCUGCGUGACCAUCGAUCUGGUCAAGCAACCUUCAUUCCCCUCGACACCAUCCAGGUCAAAGCAAUCAACACGAACUUGAAAGGAAUGCACCGAGGCAUGCGCCCUGCCAUCGAGACGAUCGAUUACGAUCAAUCGGUAUCCCGAGCCAUCUCCUAUGCUUGUGGAAAUGCAAUUGUUUGCGAUGACCUCAGCAUCGCCAAAGAGUUAUGUUAUAACCGCAAUGUUGACGCCAAAGCCGUGACAUUAGAUGGCAGCGUCAUUCACAAGGGCGGUCUCAUGACGGGUGGUCGGGGUAGAGACCAGAACACUCGAAGAUGGGACGAUGCCGAGGUUGAUCGUCUUAACAAACUCAAGGACAAACUAAUGGAAGAAUUCACUUCUCUUCCUCAGGAGCGGUCCCGAGUUGCAGAGGAACAAUCCCUGCAAAAUGAGCUCAGUGGUCUUGAAAGUCGAUUGCGCUAUACGAAGGAGGAGCUUGAUGCCCUCCACAAGAACCUUCAAAGCAAGAAGCGUGAAGUCGACCAUAUAAAGGGCCAGCUACGAGAGGACCGUCCAAAAAUGCAAGCUGAAUUUGAUAAGCUUGGCAAGAUAGAUGAGGAUAUCAUCGAAAACGAAGAGUCAAUGAAGAAUGUGGAGAAUGAAAUCUUCGCCGCUUUUUGCCAGCAACAUGGUUUCGACGAUAUUCGUGACUAUGAAGCGCGACAAGGCACUCUUCAACAGGAAGCGGCCCGCAAGAAGCUGGAGUUCAUCACCCAAAAAGGCAAGAUUGAAGGGCAACUUAAUUUUGAGCGAACCAGGCUGCUAUCAAUAGAUGAUCGACUACAAGCCCUAAGGGACAAAGAGCAACGUGACAGGACGACCAUCGAUGAAUUAAACGAACAACGACGAGGCAUUCAAGAUGAUCUCGAUACCCUGAACAACGAGCUUGAUGAACUUAAUGCAGAGUUGGAAGUACAAAAAGAAUUUCAAUCAGAGGUUGCUGCAAAAUUGGUAAAACAAAAGCAAGAAUUCCAGAAGCGAGCAAACGAGAUGAGUACCACCUUCAAUCGUAUUAGCGACCUGGAGGGUUCUAUGCAACGUUAUUCAACCACGAGAUAUGGGUUAUUGCGUCGGUGCAAGAUCGAAAAUAUUGCUAUCCCACUCACAGAAGCAUCGGCAGAUCUGGAGAGCGUUCCGAUAAAUGAGCUUCCUCUCGAAGACGCGGACGCGAUGGAUGUCGACGAGGCGGAUCCAACUUCCUCCGCCUUGAAGACCCACAGUGUUACAGACUAUGGAGUCGAUCCUGAUUUUGACGCUCUAGACGACGACUUGAAGGAUGAGGAUGGUGAAGCGGUAGACCACAAACUUCAAGAGGAUAUCGUCAAGCUGACUGCAACACUCGAAAAGAUGCAACCUAAUUCACAUGCUGCGCAACGUCUGGCGACAGUGGAAGCCCGCGCCAGGGAUACCGAACAAGAAUAUGAAGAUUCUCGAUCACUGUACCGUGAGCUGAAAGCCCGGUUUGAAGACGUCACAGAGAACCGUAACGAGCUCUUCAACAAAGCGUUCUCGCACAUAUCUGAACAGAUCGAGCCAAUCUACUCCAAUCUGACCAAGUCGGACGAGUUCCCCGCUGGCGGUCGUGCUUAUCUCACUGCAGAUGAGGAAGAACCAUAUCUUGCUGGAGUCAAUUACCACACCAUGCCGCCAACGAAACGAUUUCGAGACAUGGAGCACCUGUCCGGUGGUGAGAAGACAAUGGCAGCACUCGCUCUACUUUUCGCCAUCCACAGCUAUCAGCCCAGUCCAUUCUUCGUGCUCGACGAGGUAGACGCAGCACUAGACAAUGCCAACGUUGGCAAGCUGGUCAAUUACGUUAGAAAUCAUGCGGGCCCUGGCAUGCAAUUCAUCGUCAUUAGUCUGAAGACCGGCUUUUUCCAAGGCAGCGAGGCGCUCGUCGGAGUGUACCGAGACCAGAGCGCCAACAGCUCCAAAGUCCUAACCCUCGAUCUCCGCAAAUAUCAAGCCUAA